AUGGUCAUCAGUCAUGGUGCCCUCGGUGCGGUUGGCUUGAUCGUGGGACUGUGGAUUCAACCGCAACGGGCGUCUCCUGAGGCUACGGAAGGCCUUGCCAUUAUUCCAUCCGGGACACCUGUGGGAACCCUGAUUCUGGGUCUUCUGCUAGCCGGCCUAUUGACUGCGAAUCUGGCCCUGGUGCUGCGAGUGACGGUCAAGAGGUGCAGGGGAACGAAUAGCUCAUUUGCACGCCUGACCACGAUAUCUACGUGGAGCAGAUGGAUGCAGAAAACCCUGACUUUGCUCAUUUGUGGCAUAGUCGGGAUCAUAGCCAGUGGGCGGGUCGAGCUCCAAGCCGAGAUGGCUCGUCGGGUUUGGUCGGACCCGGAGCGGCAGCGACAGCUGCGCCUCCAGACCUUGUAUUGGCUAGCCGCAGAAGACGGCGGGACGUAUCGCUACGGUGACGCCGUGCCUGGGGUCUUGGCCGCGGCCGUGGAAGGGGUUCGGGAAGAGCAGCCUAUUUACGGCAGCCGGCAAAGUGGGAUCAUCGAAUCGUUCCGGUCACUUUGGAUGCCCUUGGACGCCCCCGAGUGCAGCCUGAAGGAAGUUGCCGAGAAGGGCGAACAGAUUCCCGACCUCCAAAUGGUGCCUUGCCUAUCUGACGGUGGAGGCCUUGGGACUGGAGGGGCAUCAAAAGCGCUUCCGUCAGCUGGUAAAGGCCGACAGCUCGAGUUGGGGCAUCUCCAGCACUUCCAGCUCUCCAUGAUGAUCAAGGCUGCCUUGCAACAGGACCAGCUGGACGGGAACAACAACCUCUUCAUCGAGAUGAUCUUCCGUCGGCUCCAAACCAUCGAGUUCUCUUACGCCGACAAGGAAGUCGCGGUAUUCUUCGUGACCAAGAAGGGUGGCAAGUUGCGAAUGAUUGUGGACGCCAGGAUUGAAGCUGACGGGCCUCUCACCAUCGCGAUGGCUGACGCGUUUUAUCAUUUAGAGCUCCCGGCAGCUGGAUUGCGGGAUGAGGCCCGACUUCGUGAUCGUUUGCCAGUGUUGCAGUCGUUCAAGGCCGCCGUGGAUCAACUCAAGGAGGCUGGUCUGCAAGUACACGAAGAGGAGAUUUCAAACGAUGGCGCCAAGGUCCUUGGGUGGGAGAUCCAUCCCGGCGGCCGUUUUGGGCCAUCGCUUCAUCGUGCAUGGAAGGUGCGGCUGGCGCUACGUGAGUUGUUGCGUCCUGAGAAACGAUGGCCUGAAGCUGCUAGGGAUGAUACAUCGCAACAUCGUGACGACUCCCUUGUUGGAAGGCUCUGCAAGGACAGGAGCCCCGAAGAAGCGCAAGUCCCACAAAACAGUGAUGGCACCGCCCGCGUCAUCUACAGCACCCGCUGCCACCGUGCCAACAGCGAGAGCGCGGAGCAGCCAGUGUUCGGCCCGGGCGGCCACGAAAGAUGCCCGUCGGAAAGCGAGGAGAUCGCCGACUCCGGGACAGGCGGGGCGUACAGUGACAUGUACAUGGAUGGGGAGGAUCUCUCGGCGGGUCAGUAUCUCAUUGCCGCAGUCUUCUUCUUCUGCAUGGUGAUCAAGGCGGUGGUGGCCCUCCUGGCUCAAUGGGGGUUCUCAAACAAACGGUUAGCGGUGGCCCUUCACAUGCUGUUGAACUUCAUGCUUUCCUUGAGGCCCACAGAAGCGCGGUGGUGCAAAGACCUCGUGUGCCCGGCACUGCGGCAGCGGAGGUAUCGUCGGUGGACGGUGGUGUUACAUCCGAUGAUGGAGUUGGAGCACAGCUCCAAAACACAAUUCGACGAGACCCUCCAGCUGAUUCUCGACUACCGCGACAAAGUAGUGGAGGCAGUGUACCGAGUCCUGCGCCUAAGUCGCAACCCCUCCCUCCGCGAUCUGAGCGACUUCGUCGAAAGGGGGUCUGUGGCACUGGGAUUGAGAGCGCUAGGCCCUCUUCACCCAUACCGCCUUCGGCACAGAGGAGCUUCCCACGACUUCAGCCAAAUCCAGCUCCGAGGGCCGUGGCGCAGCCAGGCGAGUGUGCGAAGCUACCAAAAAGGCGGACGGUUCUUCGCAAGCCUGCCGGAAAAGGUGCAACAGGAAGCCAUCUCAGCCGCCAACGAUCUCAGCCGUUUGUGUGCCAGCCUGCGUUGA